UCACUCGCUGGAUAAUUUAAAAAAAAAAAAAAAAAAAAAAAAAACUUAAAGUAAAACGCAUAGAAAAUGUCAUUUUUCAACUUUCGCAAGAUUUUUAAGUUGGGAGGGGAAAAGAAGAAAAAGCAAUAUGAACAUGUCAACAGGGAUGUAAAUCCUGAAGACUUCUGGGAAAUCGUUGGAGAGCUGGGAGAUGGUGCCUUUGGAAAAGUAUACAAGGCCCAGAAUAAACAAACUGGGACCCUUGCUGCUGCAAAGGUGAUUGAUACAAAGACAGAAGAGGAGCUUGAAGACUACAUGAUAGAAAUUGAUAUUCUAGCAUCGUGUGACCAUCAGCACAUAGUAAAACUACUGGAUGCCUUCUACUACGAAAGUAAACUAUGGAUCCUGAUCGAGUUCUGCGCAGGAGGAGCUGUUGAUGCAGUGAUGUUGGAACUGGAGAGGCCUCUAACAGAGCCACAGAUCCGGGUGGUUUGUAAACAGACUUUGGAGGCAUUGUGUUACCUCCAUGAUAUCAAGGUCAUUCACAGAGAUCUAAAGGCUGGGAAUAUUCUUCUUUCAAUAGAUGGAGAUAUUAAACUUGCUGAUUUUGGAGUGUCUGCUAAGAAUACUAAAACACUGCAGAGAAGAGACUCCUUUAUUGGAACUCCAUAUUGGAUGGCUCCAGAAGUGGUAAUGUGCGAGACUUCCAAAGACAGGCCAUACGAUUACAAAGCUGAUAUUUGGUCAUUAGGUGUCACAUUAAUUGAACUGGCAGAGAUAGAACCACCUCAUCAUGAGCUUAAUCCAAUGAGAGUUUUGCUGAAAAUAGCUAAGGCAGAGCCUCCUACUCUGUCACAGCCAUCUAAAUGGUCUGCAGAGUUCAAGGAUUUUCUUAGGAAAGCUUUAGAUAAGAAUUUAGACAACAGAUGGAACGCCUGUCAGCUGUUACAGCAUCCAUUUGUGACGAGUGUUGUUGACAACAAGCCACUUCGAGAACUGAUAGCGGAGGCUAAAGCAGAGGUGACAGAGGAGAUUGAGGAGGGUAAAGAGGAGGAGGAGGAUGAAGAACACGAUCCACAGCUACUUGUGCCUGGACACAAGCGCGCACCAUCAGAUGCCAGCAUUGCGAGUUCAGAGGAUGAGAAGCUGUCGCAGUCUGCUUCAAUUCUGGACUCUGUGUCUGAGAAAAUUGAACCUGACCGUACUGAGGACAAAGCCAGUGACAAACUCUCGGAUGAGGAUAUUGGUACCAGUGAAGCUGAUAAGACGGAGGAUGAAAAAUUGAAUGAUAACAACAUUUCAGACACCAGCAUUGAAGAUAUGAGCAGGGAAGAGCUACUAGUUGAGGCAGAAGAAAUGGCAGCUGCUGAAGAAGAGCUUAUUGCUAAGCUACCCAAUGCUUCACAGGAAGAAACAGCUGAGAUGAAUACUGUGGCAGAUACUGAAGAGGAGACCAAACAAAAUGAAGAGGAGAAAACAGUGGAGGUAAAGCAAGUACCAAAAAUCACAACCAAAGAAGAAAAAGACAUGUCUAAAGAAGAUGGCAAAGGUGAAAAUAGUUGGAAAGAUGCAGAUUCCAAAGGAAUUAAAGCAGCUGAAUGUGUGGAAGAACCUUCUGUAAAACCAGCACAAGAAACUAAGGAAAAUGAAAAUAAGGAUCUUGAAGAAGAGUGCUGUAAAGCCAUUGAUGAGAAUGCACAGAUAGAUGUAAAUAAAGGAGAAACACCACAAGAAGUAACUCUUGAGAGGGGGCAAGUGGCAGGUGAGAGUUGCACUGAACAGGUGCAAAAAUACGAGGUUAGCAAUAUUGAAGCUCUUCAGGAGCCUUUUGUGGAUGAAACACCUGAGCAAGCCUACAAAGAGGCUGUUGAUGAGGCAGGCAAAGAAAUUCAAAGUAUUACAGCUGUACAAAAUGAAACAGAAAUCCCAGAGAUCACAGUAGCAGUAGCUUCCAGUAUCGGUGAUGACAGAGAAAAGGAUGAAGGUGACGAGGCAGCCGUCUCAGAGGAAGUAAAGCCAGCAGCCAUUCCCAGUGUCGAUGAAGUUAAUCAGAAGGCCAGUGCAGAAAGCCCUGAGAAAACAAAAACUCCAGAGCCUGUGAAACUCAAAGAAAAGGACAAAGAUUCAGACUCCGGCAGCAGCUCUACUACUGAUAAUAACAGUGUUGAUCUAAACUUGUCCAUCUCAAGCUUUCUAACCAAAAACAAGGAGGGGUCCAUUUCUCUUCAGGAAACCAGAAGACAGAAGAAAACGUUGAAGAAGACGCGUAAAUUUAUGGUUGAUGGAGUAGAAGUCAGUGUGACAACAUCAAAAAUAGUCACUGAUAAUGAUACAAAGAGUGAAGAAAUGAGAUUUUUAAGACGUCAGGAGCUGCGAGAGCUGAGAUUGCUUCAGAAAGAAGAACAGAAGGCCCAACAGCAGCUGAGCAACAAACUGCAGCAGCAGCGUGAGCAGAUAUUCCGGCGCUUUGAACAGGAGAUGACGAGUAAGAAACGUCAGUAUGACCAGGAAAUCGAAAACCUAGAGAAACAACAGAAACAGACGAUUGAGCGACUGGAACAAGAUCAUACAAAUCGGCUGCGAGAUGAAGCAAAACGCAUCAAAGCAGAACAAGAGAAGGAACUGUCCAAAUUCCAGAACAUGCUGAAAAACCGCAAAAAGGAGGUAAAAAAUGAAGUGGAAAAUGCACCCAAAGAGCAGAGAAAAGAGCUUGUGAAACACUUCAAAGAGGAACUAGAAAAAUUCCAGCAUGCUCAGGGUGUCGCCCAGGUUAUGAUACAGUCUUUUCAGUUGUCCUCAUGUACACUCUUCAACGCUCAGAUGCAGGAUGAACAGGAGUUUUUGCAGAAACAGCAACAGGAACUGGAUUUAGCCCUGAAGAAAAUCAUACAGCAUCACAAGCUUGAGGUUGCCACCAUUGAGCGGGACUGCUUGAAUCACAAGCAGCAGCUUAUGAGAGCACGAGAAGCAGCAAUAUGGGAGCUGGAAGAGCGCCAUCUGCAGGAGAAACACCAACUCCUGAAACAACAGCUGAAAGACCAGUACUUUAUGCAGAGACACCAGUUGCUGAAGAGGCAUGAAAAGGAAAUGGAGCAGAUGCAGAGAUAUAACCAACGAUUGAUUGAGGACCUAAAGAGCAGGCAGACUCAAGAAAGAGGCAGGCUGCCAAAAAUCCAGCGCAGUGAAGCCAAGACCCGCAUGGCCAUGUUCAAGAAGAGCCUUCGAAUCACAUCAUCUGGAUCGCCAGAGCAGGACAGGGAGAAAAUCAAACAGUUUGCUAUUCAGGAGGAGAAGAGGCUGAAGAAUGAGAGGCUGCAGCAGCAUCAGAAACAUGAGAACCAGAUGAGGGAUCUACAGCUACAAUGUGACACUAAUAUUAGAGAAUUGCAGCAGCUGCAGAAUGAGAAGUGCCAUCUGCUGAUUGAACAUGAAACACAGAAGCUUAAGGAACUUGAUGAGGAGCACAGUCGGGAGCUGAAAGACUGGAGAGAGAAGCUCCGUCCAAGGAAGAAGGCUUUGGAAGAAGAAUUUGCAAGAAAGCUGCAAGAACAAGAAGUGUUUUUCAAGAUGAGUGGAGAGUCUGAAUGCCUUAACCCUUCAGCACAAAGCCGGAUUUCUAAAUUCUACCCCAUUCCCAGCCUGCACUCCACAUGAUCACCAAAAACAGGAGCUGACAUAAUAUUAUAACCUAAUGGAGCACCCCUUAAAACAAAGAAGACUGAUGGUAACAUCAUGGAACCUCUGCUGCCAGUCACUUUCUCCAUGGAUGACAAUCAGUCUAAUUAUCUGAACACUUGAAUUAAAUGAUACUAUACUGAAACAAAAUUAAAUACAUAUUGAAUAACCAACUCUGGCAGUGUACCAUUUAAUAAUACUUUAAUAUACACCAACAGUAUUUCAUGUGCAUGUUUUGUUUGUCUUAAAGAAAGAAACCAGUGCCUAAGACAAUUUGAUCCAUUGAGCUGGCUUUUUAUAGACCUUAUUUUAAUUUGCUGAUUUGUCCUUUAUGUUCUUUAAACAAAGUAACUGGGAAUGUGUAAGAAAAACAUUUAUGAUGUAUGUACAGUAUGCAGUAAGGUGCGUGACUUCAUUUUAGUCUAACAAGUAGGCUAUGUUUCCAGUCUUCAUAGUUUUCCAAAAGUUAAAUCUGUUUAAAUUAAGUGUAGAAUCUUGAAGUAUGGCUUUUCUUUACAAAAAUAAAAUCUGUAUUAUGCUGUUUUUUAAUAAUACAUAAACACUCCUGAUAGUGGAAAAGACGCAAAAUCAAAUAUUUACAUGCACAUUAUGUGCGUGGGUAUAAAAGUAAUGCUAAUUGCAUAUAGCACUAAAUUUUUAUAAGAUUUAUUUAUUUUUUACUUGGCUUCCAUGCAAGUACUUGCAUGGCAAUUUUUUCUUUGAGUUUGGUUAAGAAGAAAAAAUCUAUAUGUAAUUAAUUGCAUGUCUUGAUAUAUUUAAGUUAUUUGGUUUUGAUUCUUUAUCAUUAUUCACUGUUUACUGUCAUAUCGGACACUACAAGAAAAUGUACAGUACAACUGUAUAUCUGUGUUUGUAGACCUGGAAGGUUUUUCCAUCAUUUGAAUAUCAGCUUUUAGUCUUAUGACAGUGUUCCAAAUCCUGUAAGCUCUCAAGAUUUUACCUGGGAUUGAUUGAUCCAGUCGCAAAAUUGCUUUCAGUCGCAAGUGUUUUAAUGAGGUUUUUUUCAGCAUUAAUAAUUCUGUACACACUGCUUGCAUGUGUAAAUUAUCAAAGACAUCAGAUGAAACUAGGGGGUGGGGUGUGCAAUGCAUGUUUUUAGGUUAUCUGUACUUCUGAAAUUUAUAAAUUACUUUUUUUUAAUGUAAUUACUAUUUGUAUUGAUUGUACUAGUUACUAGCCUUACUGAAAAAAUGGUAUUGUACUGACUGUAAUUUCAAAUAUCAUGUGUCGUUAUCCUGAGUGUAUUACACAAAUAUAAUUUACAAUUUGGGAAUCAUGAGGUCAAUGCCAUGCCUUUCCCUUGUCUUUUACGUGUGUCUGUGUUUUUGUUUGUUUUUUUUUUGUUUUGUUUUUUUUAUAUCAUGAGUUAAUGCACAGUGUGAUAAGAAUUUCAGGUGGGAAUUAAAAUAAUUUUGCUAGGUCAGUGAAUGCGUGUUUUUCUAGAUUUCUAUAGAGAAAAUUCUGCAUUUUGUACAUUUUGGAUGUGCACAGCAACAAUACUUCAGGAGCCAUUUUAUUCCCUGGAGUUUUCUUUUGUAUUGGUCCCCACCAGCUUUUUACCAAGGGUAUACUCUAAAGUUUCCUUUGUGGGAUAGGGUGGUGGGUUGGUCUAUAAGUUUAAACAAAUUGUAGCCCUUCAUAUACUAACCAAUCUGUGCCUGAUUAAGGAAAGCACAGAUUUUAUAUGACAUUUAUUUGCAAAGUUAUGAUCCUGUUUCUGCGAUGGAUGAAUGUUCGUUGGUAGUUUCAGAGUUGCUUUGUUUAAUCAUAUUAAAGUGAUGGUAAAAACAUACUGCUUGAAUUUGGAUUGCUUAAAUGGCUGGAACAAAUAUACAGGGUGAUUAGAAAGCAAGUUUAUAACAUGAGAUGUGGUGCGUUGAUGUGGUAAACUUGCUUUCUAAUCACCCUGUAUGUACCGCUUUCUGCUUCAGAAUGUAAGUUAAUUAGUAAUCGUCUUCAUUAAUGACCUAAAAAUGAAGAAUGCUGUACAGGUGUGUUUUUUUUUUUUUUUAUUUCCUGACUGCUGGAUUUGCUUUGCAACCAUGGGGAUUAUAUGUUGCAUGAAAAGUCUUUGAAAUUAAGUCAAAGAUAUAUUUAAUUUGAAUUUAAACAUUUGUCUUCUGCUGGUUGAGUGAUUUUAUAUGAAGGCUUUGCAAAACUUAGUGUUUUGCUGAAUGUUUAAAAAUCGAAGACUUUUAAUCAAUGCAUUUUGAGAGCAAAUGACUUAUAAUGAACUGAAUGAUUCUGUAGACUCUUGGCAUACUUUUGCUGCAAAUAAAAAUAUUUACUGUA